AUGCCUCGGGACAGAGAUCCUCUUGUUGUAGGUCGUGUUAUAGGGGAUGUUUUAGAUCCCUUUACCAGGUCAAUGGCCCUUAGGGUGACCUAUAACAUUAGGGAAGUUAACAAUGGAUGUGAAAUCAGGCCCUCUCAACUUCUCAAUCCGCCUAGGGUUGAUAUCGGAGGGGAUGACCUUAGGACCUUCUACACUCUAAUCAUGGUGGAUCCUGAUGCUCCAAGUCCCAGUGACCCAACUCUCAGGGAAUACUUGCAUUGGUGGACUCAACCAACCACCAUCUCCUUUUUCUGUAACUACUCACCUCCCGCCUCCCGCCUCCUACCCUACAAUGAUCCCACCCCCCCUAUCCCUUCCUCGUGUUUCAAACUCACCUCUGCCUCUUUCUCUCCAUUGAACCUGUCAGACCCCCCAUUUAGGUUAUCUGAUUGA